GCCCGGCUCUAAACCCCUCCACAUUCCCGCAGACCUUCAGACGGCCGGAGCGCUCAGCCUGCUGCCCGCCUGCCACUGAGGGUCCCCAGCACCAUGAAGGCCUGGAUCUUCUUUCUCAUUUGCCUGGCCGGGAGGGCCUUGGCAGCCCCUCAGCAGCAGGAAGCCCUGCCUGAUGAGACGGAGGUGGUGGAGGAAACGGUGGCUGAGGUAUCCGAGGUACCCGUGGGAGCCAACCCUGUCCAGGUGGAAGUAGGAGAAUUUGAGGAAGGUGCCGAGGAAGCUGAAGAGGAGGUGGUGGCUGAAAACCCCUGCCAGAACCACCACUGCAAGCACGGCAAGGUAUGCGAGCUGGAUGAGAGCAACACCCCCAUGUGCGUGUGCCAGGACCCCACCAGCUGCCCUGCCCCCAUCGGCGAGUUUGAGAAGGUGUGCAGCAACGACAACAAGACCUUUGACUCUUCCUGCCACUUCUUUGCCACCAAGUGCACCCUGGAGGGCACCAAGAAGGGCCACAAACUCCACCUGGACUACAUCGGGCCCUGCAAAUACAUCCCCCCUUGCCUGGACUCCGAGCUGACUGAAUUCCCCCUGCGCAUGCGGGACUGGCUCAAGAACGUCCUGGUCACUCUGUACGAGAGGGAUGAAGACAACAACCUCCUGACCGAGAAGCAGAAGCUGCGGGUGAAGAAGAUCCACGAGAACGAGAAGCGCCUGGAGGCUGGAGACCACCCCGUGGAGCUGCUGGCCCGGGACUUCGAGAAGAACUACAACAUGUACAUCUUCCCUGUGCACUGGCAGUUCGGCCAGCUGGACCAGCACCCCAUUGACGGGUACCUGUCCCACACUGAGCUGGCCCCGCUGCGUGCACCCCUCAUCCCCAUGGAGCACUGCACCACCCGCUUCUUCGAGACCUGCGACCUGGACAACGACAAAUACAUCGCCCUGGAUGAGUGGGCCGGCUGCUUCGGCAUCAAGGAGAAGGAUAUCGACAAGGACCUGGUGAUCUGAACCCACCCCUCCCGCAGUACCGGACUCUCUUUAACCCUCCCUCCCUGUUCCCCCCCAUGUUUAAAAUGUUUGGAUGGUCUAUUGUUCUGCCUGGGGACAAGGUGCUAAUAUAGAUUUAAACGAACACAUUAACGGUGCUAAAAACGGAAAUUGUAACCAAGUCACGACGUUCUUAGUGGUAACUGCCUCUUGCUCACCCACUAACGCCCCAUCCUCUCUUCUCCGGCCACUUGAGGCCCUGCCCGUCGCCUUAGCGGCAGGCGGGUGGGAGCUCUGAUCUGUUCACGUCUGCCUUCAACACAUUGCAUCUUCGCAUUUGCUCUCCAUUUCUCUGUUUCAAAUUAAUGCUCACCAAGUCAGACUUUCGUGUUAAUUUUAUUUCAGGGGGUCGGCUGCCAGUGGGGUGGGGGUCUCCCCCAUGUGGCCAGAAGGUGGACAAAGGGAAGUAACAGACACGCGAUGUUGGCAAGAAUGUUUCUGGGACUAGAGGAGCAGAGGUGGGAGAACCCCCUGGGAAACUCACCAACCAGAACAGCAGAUAACCAGUCUUGGUUGCCCGGGGCUGAACGGAAAGGACCCGGGGCUAUGCUCAAAAGUAUAUAAGCUCUCGCUUAAACCAGUUCCUCACCAUUUCCCCCCAUCUUUCAGUGCCUUUUUUUUCUUCAAAAAGGGAGCUUUGAAGAAAAACUUUAGGGAGCCGUGGAUCAUCAGUUCUCUGGAAUCCACCAGGCCUCUGGGGGGUGGAUCCCCACGUCCACAGGGCCUCUCCCCUCCUAACUGUCCGGGAGAGGCAGGGCUGGGAGGCUGUUCCAGCCAGGAAAGCCACAAUUAAGAGUGCGGUGUAGAAAGUUGUAAAGUAGAAAAAAUGGUUAGUGAAUUGGUUUUGUUUUCUGAGGUGUUUUUUUUCCUGUUUUUCCCCAUUUUUGGAUAGCUGUCACGAGGGGUCUUUCCCUCAGUUUCUAGCAUGUUUCUCUUUUCCUCCCCUCCCCCACUUUUCCUUCUACUAAUCAAAAGAAACUUCCAAGUCAAUGGAUGGUCAGGUCUCACAGGCUGAGAACUCGUUCACCUCCAAGCAUUUCAUGAAAAAGCUGCUUCUUAUUAAUCAUGCAAACUCUCGCCUCGAUGCGGAGAGUUUGACAAAUCUUUCAAAAUAAAAGUAACGACUUAGAAACUGCC